UUGAGGGGCUCGACGCAGUGUUAGCACUUAGCAGGUAGCUAGAUGAUGGCGUCUGCCGUGAUGGAUACAACGUAAAUAAACAACGACACGGUAGGUCCCAAUACAUUCAUGUUCCCCCGUCGUUGAGGAGGUGUCGUCGUGAAUUAUAGUGAUCAUAAAAUAUAAAGGAGCGUUCCUAUGGCGACCGGGAGCAGCGGCGGCGGCGGGUUGGCGUCAAACCAUGACGGCCAGGAGGCGGCAUCGAACUCGGCUCAGUGUGGAGCCGCAGCGGCGCUGUCCAACGUGCCUCCUCCCGGUCCCACCCCGUCCGCCUCCCCGCCGGUCCUCGGCCUCCACCGUGAGCCCAUGUACAACUGGCAGGCGACAAAGAGCUCGCUGAAGGAGCGCUUCGCCUUCCUCUUCAACAACGAGCUGCUGAGCGACGUCAGGUUCAUCGUGGGGAAAGGCAGGCAGGCCCAGAGGAUACCAGCCCACAAGUUCGUCCUGGCCGCUGGCAGUGCCGUGUUCGAUGCGAUGUUCAACGGUGGGAUGGCCACUACCUCUGCCGAGAUAGAGCUGCCUGACGUGGAGCCGGCAGCCUUCCUCGCCCUGCUCAGGUUUCUGUAUUCUGACGAGGUCCACAUUGGUCCCGAGACUGUGAUGACGACGCUUUACACAGCGAAGAAGUACGCUGUUCCUGCCCUGGAGAGUCACUGUGUGGAGUUCCUCACCAAACAUCUCAGAGCUGACAACGCAUUCAUGCUUCUCACUCAGGCGCGGUUAUUUGAUGAGCCUCAACUUGCCAGCCUCUGCUUGGACACCAUAGAUAAAAGCACAGCCGACGCAAUAAACGCAGAGGGCUUUACAGACAUUGACCUCGACACCUUGUGUGCAGUGCUAGAAAGAGAUACACUCAGUAUCAGGGAGAACCGUCUGUUCGGAGCGGUGGUUCGCUGGGCAGAGGCCGAGUGUUACAGACAACAGCUCCCCCUGACUUCUGAGAACAAACAGAAGGUUCUGGGAAAAGCCCUCCCGCUCAUCAGAUUCCCACUGAUGACUGUCGAGGAAUUUGCUGCUGGGCCUGCCCAGUCUGGAAUAUUGUUCGAUCGGGAGGUGGUAAAUCUGUUUUUACACUUUACAGUAAACCCCAAACCGCGGGUCGACUACAUUGACAGGCCUCGCUGCUGCCUCAGGGGGGAGGAGUGCAGCAUUAAUAGAUUCCAGCAGGUUGAGAGUCGAUGGGGGUACAGUGGUACGAGCGACAGAAUCAGAUUUAAUGUUAACAGGAGAAUAUCCAUAGUGGGCUUUGGCUUGUACGGUUCAAUACAUGGACCCACUGACUAUCAGGUCAACAUACAGAUCCUCGAGAGCGACAAGCGCAUCACGCUGGGGCAGAAUGACACGGGCUUCAGCUGCGACGGCUCGGCAAACACAUUUCGAGUGAUGUUCAAAGAGCCGGUGGAAAUCCUACCCAAUGUCAGCUACACUGCGUGUGCCACCUUAAAGGGCCCAGACUCGCAUUACGGCACCAAAGGUUUAAAGAAAGUGACCCAGGAAUCGACGACAGGGACCAAGACGACAUUUUUCUUUUUUAGCUCACCUGGAAAUAACAAUGGUACAUCGGUCGAGGACGGCCAGAUACCAGAGAUCAUCUACUACACCUGAAACGCAACGCGGUGUCGGGUACACUGAACCAGGGAGACCUCAGACUUGUGGGAGGGCUGGACUGCUGGAGACGUUCGUAGUGCCUCAAGAUCCCAAGGAAUAGGAAUGUGUGUGUGUGUGCGCGUGUGAGAGUGUGUGCGUGUGUCUGUCCUUACAGUAGUUGUGUACAGAUAUAAUCAGGAAUGUCAGACAAGGGUUGUUGGAGAACUUAAGUUCUGGUAUUUAAAAACACAAA